AUGUCUGUCCUUGCGCGCACAUUAAAGGUCAAUCCGGCAAAGCUCGCGCGGUCCAAUUUAUCCAUCUGGAGGCCCACCUUGCUGUCGCAAUCCAGACUGAUAGUCCUCAAUUCUGGCCAAGGACCUGCUACCAGGGGACUGAGAACUUCACAUGAAGUUAGAAAUAAAACAGUUUGCUCAAGAUCUUACACAACACAGCCCCAAAUGGCUACAGCUCCACCAGAACUCAAACAUACCCUUACUCCGGCUCUGCUGGCCAAGGUCCGGACCUUCUGGUUCGACCAUGUUAGUGAUGAAAACUCUCUAAUUCUACCAACGGGACCCGAAAUGCAACGUUGGUUUUCCCGGGAUGUGAAAUUUGAUAAAGCUUGCGUUGCACAAUUCCAACCAGCUUUAGAAGCUAUCAUCUCUUCAGACGCAACAUCUGAACAGAUCCUAGCAGCAGUCAACACAUCAGACCCAUUAAACUGGCUCGGUCUCGUACUCCUCCUAGAUCAAGUCCCUCGGAACUGCUACCGAGGUGAUGAAUCCAGACUCGUAUUCGAGCGUUUUGAUCCUCUCGCCUCAGCCAUAGCACUCCAGGCUCUUGAUCUCGGAAUUCCAAGCCAAAGUCCAAUUCGGUAUAAAUUAUCCUACCGAUUCUGGUUUCAUCUCCCACUUAUGCAUUCUGAAUCCUUAAAUGUACAUCAGAGGGCCGUUACUAUCCAUGAAGAAACGGCACAGGAUGUGGAAGAUUUCCUGAGAUCAGAUCGGGAUUCUUUGGAUGAGUAUGAAAAUAAGUGCUUUGAUGUUCUGGUUGAGAGACAGGAUGGGAUGAGGGCUUGGUUGGCGCAGACGCUGGAUUUCGAGAAGAGGCAUUUGGUUAUAAUUGCGCGCUUUGGGAGGUACCCUCACAGAAAUGGGGCUAUGGGGAGGGAAUCCACUAGGGAGGAAAUGGAGUAUCUGGAGAAUGGUGGGGAGACAUUUGGAUAG